CUGAAUAUCGAAUAAAUCAGUUAAUAUGAGUUUUUCAUUUAAAGACAAUCAGAAAGACUGAUAACAGGCGAUGUAAAUGUGUAAGUUUAGAGUGUGUUAGUUCACACAAUGGCCCACGGCGAAGAUGAGGCGCCCAGCAUAGCUCACAAAGUUUUCACGUUUAAAGACACGAAGAACCCAGAGGAGUCGCUUUCUGUCUCCAUCCCUGAGGUUCUGGACCCCCAGUACGGCAUGUAUGUGUGGCCCAGUGCAGUGGUUCUGGCUCAGUAUCUGUGGACGUGCAGAGGCGAGCUGAGAGGGAAGACGGUGCUGGAGCUCGGUGCCGGCGUCGGGCUGCCCGGUGUGGUGGCGGCGAGCUGCGGCGCUGCGGUGAUCCUGUCCGACAGCUCCGACAAACCUUCAUGUCUGCAGAACUGCAGGCGCAGCUGCGACGCCAACGGCCUCCAGGAGGUGGCGCUGGUGGGGCUGACGUGGGGCGAAGUCUCCCCGGACCUCGUCCUGCUGCCAAGACUGGACAUCAUCCUGGGAUCAGACGUCUUCUACGACCCCCAAGAUUUCGAAGACGUCAUCGUGACUGUUGUUUUUCUCCUGAGAAAAAACCCUGAAGCCCAGUUCUGGACCACGUACCAACUCCGAAGUGCCGACUGGUCCAUCGAGUCGCUGCUGCAUCGCUAUAAACUGAACUGUGUUAAAGUUGAGCUCGAGCAGUUUGGCGCUGACGGAUGUGAGCUGGCCGGAUCGACGCUGCCCGGAAAACACAGCAUCCAGAUGAUGAUCAUCACUCAGAGGACAGAGUCGGGCCACAGAUAGCAUCUCAGUUAGCAUUAAUUAGCAUCUCAGAAACCAACGCCCUCCUCCUUCAAGUGGAAACACUCUCCCACAGCAGCGUUUCUGUUUGGAACUAGAGCUGAAACCUACAGUUGUUUUCACUGUCCACAACAAAACCUCUACACAUUAUUUUUUAACAACAAUCCUUGUCGAUAACGUGUCAGAAAAGUGACUUAAAAUAGUUGUUUUUUUCAGCUAACAGUUGAUGUUGAUGCUUUUACGCUUCAUCCUUUGCAGAAAUUUGAACUUUUGCCAUAUGAUGGACAUUUCUUCAUUUUUUUUUUGUUUCUGCAAAUAAAUAAAAACUAGAAACCCCAA